AUGGAUAGAAAAAGACUUGAAGGCUUAAACGGCGAACAAUUGAUUCAAGAGGCAGCGAGAUUAAUAAGUGAAGAAGAGAUAGAAGAAGCAGUUAAAAUUUUCACUUAUUUAACAGAAAGAUUACCAGAUGCUUAUUUACCAUUAUUAAAAAGAUAUGAAGAGGCUUUAAAAGAUGGUGAAAAGUUAUUAAAGUUGAAAAAUAUUCCAAUUAAUGAAGAAUUGGCACCAGGAAAUUCCACUUUACAUUCAAUAGAAGAAGCAGAAAAAUUGAUCAAGAAAAGAGUUGAAUUAGAAAAAAAAGUAUUGAAGCCGAAAGAAAUUGAAAAUAAAUCUGAUGAAUUAGAUGAACAGAAAGAGGGAAAUUCUAACAAUAUUGAAAAAUUAAGAUUAGAAGGAAAUGAAUAUUAUAAACAAGAGAAAUAUAGAGAAAGUUGCGAGAAAUAUUUACAGGCAUUAAAAAUAAAUUCAAAUCAUUUAUUAAGUCAUUCUAAUUUAGCUUUAGUAUUAACGAAACUUGGAAAUUAUGAUGAAGCACUUAAGCAUUCAGACAAAUGUAUACAGUUAGAUUCUAAAUGGGCAAAAGGAUAUUAUCGUAAAGGUAUUUUCUAUAUAUCACAAACUAUUUAA